CAAUUGAUUUAUUGGAUGAAACUUGUGGACGGGUUCGCAGCGAAAUGUGGUAUGAACCAGAAAUGAUUGAGAAAACUAGACUAAAAUUGAGAGAACUAGAAAUUAAAAAGGCCGCUUUAAAAAAGGAAAAAGACCAGGAAACCGAAGUCUUUAAUCUUGAGCAGGAAAUUAAAAAACAGCGAGCGAAGUUGAGCGAAUUGUUGGAACUAGACCACCAAGAAAACCAAAUAAUUCAGGAAUUAAACCGAGCCAAAAAAGAAUUAGCCCAAGCCGAAAGAGAAUUGGUUAUUUAUCAGCAAAAAGAAAUUGACCUCACCAAGGCGGCCGAGUUAAAAUACUCUACUAUUCCGGCCAACCAAGCCAAAGUCAAUGAAUUGGAAACCCGCGCUCGCCAUAAUAUAUUAAGAAAAUAUUUUAUCAAUCGCGAGGACAUUGCGUUAACCAUCGCACAGAAAUAUGAUUUGCCGAUUGGCAAAAUUCUUGCCAGCGAGCAGCAAAAAUUACUUUUCUUGCCGGCUAUUCUCCAGCAAAGAGUGAAAGGACAAGGCCAGGCUUUGCGAGCCAUUAGCGAGGCCAUUUUUCGAUCCCGUGCAGGAGUUCAGGAUCCCAAUCGCCCCUUAGCAUCUUUUCUUUUUGUGGGAUCAACCGGAGUAGGAAAGACCGAAGUGGCUUUGACAAUUGCCGAGCAACUUUUCGACCAAAAAAAAAAUCUUAUUCGCUUGGAUAUGACCGAAUUUACCGAGCCGCAUUCAAUUAGUAAAUUAAUUGGUUCUCCUCCAGGUUACAUUGGCUUCGAAGAACGCCCCCGCCUAGAAAUUGUGCGGGAAAAAAUGCAUAGCGUCAUACUUUUUGACGAAAUAGAAAAAGCCCACCCUGAGGUUAUUAACAUUCUUUUACAGAUACUAGAUAAUGGAUUUUUGACUUUGGCUAAUGGUCGGGAAGUCAACUUUCGCAACACGAUUAUCAUUUUGACAACUAAUUUAGGUUCAGAAUUAUAUUUUGAAAAUAAGGAAAUGACCGAAAUAAAAGAGGAAUUAAACUUUGAAUUAAAAAAUCAUUUUCGUCCGGAAUUUCUCAAUCGGCUUGAUGAAAUAAUUUUCUUUAAUUUUUUAAGUAGAAAAGUUAUUAGAGAAAUCACUAGCAAAGAAUUACAACUGUUUAUCCAGCGAAUCGCGUUGGAGAAAAAUAUUAAAUUGCGAUAUAGCGAGGAAGUGGUGGAAAAAAUUCUGGAUGAGGCUUACUCGCUUGAGUAUGGGGCUCGGCCAAUUAAACAUUAUAUUGAAAAAAAAAUCGGCACUUUGGUUGGACGAGGCAUUGUCUCGCAAUUUCUUCAUGUAGGUGGCAAUUAUACUCUUAAUUUGGAAGAAGAAACCAAGGAAAUUAAAAUGACUGUCCUGCCAGCCUUAGAACAGAAAAAAAAUAAUUUGUUGGGGGAAAAAUAG